AUGAUGCUCGCAAAUCAAGCCCAACCAAAGGAUAUCGAAGUGACAGCUCCCCCGACUGAUGGUGUCUCAGACCUCGCAUUCUCGAAGACGAGUGAUCUUCUCGCGGCGACGUCCUGGAACAAUGAGGUCCGUAUCUGGGAAGUUAUGGGAGACGGGUCGACAGUUGCAAAGGCUAUGUAUUCGCACGAAGGACCCGCACUGACUUGUCAGUGGAGCGCUGACGGAUCCAAGCUAGCGUCCGGAGGCGCGGAUAACGCAGGAAGACUUUUCGACGUGACGACAGGUCAGCCCACACAGUUUGCAAAGCACGACGCGCCCAUUAAAAGUCUGCGCUGGAUCGAUGGACCCAACAUUGUGGCGACCGGCAGUUGGGACAAGACCAUCAAGUACUGGGAUCUCCGCCAGCAAAGUCCGGUUUCUUCGGUGGCGUUGAGUGAUCGACUGUAUUCAAUGGACACACAUGGCUCGUUGCUGGUGGCAGCUAUGGCGGACCGUCAAAUUACUAUGUAUGAUAUGAGUAACCCCACGGUCCCCUUCCGCACCAUGGAGAGUCCGCUCAAGAUGCAGACCCGCGUAGUGUCAUGUUUUUCGACAGGUGGAGGAUUCGCAGUCGGAAGUAUCGAAGGGCGCGUCGCCAUUCAGUACACGGAUGUCAAGGAUAGCCAAGGAAACUUCUCGUUCAAAUGCCAUCGUGAUGGUGCGCCGGCAGCGCGGGAUUCUUCAGUAUUUGCGGUGAACGCGAUCUCAUUCCACCCGGUUUACGGCACUUUUGCGACUGCAGGGUCGGACGGUGGAUUCACAUUCUGGGACAAGGACUCAAAGCAAAAGCUGAAAGUGUUCAAUAAGCAGCCACUGCCCAUCUCGACUGCGGCCUUCAACCGAAACGGAAGUAUUUAUGCAUAUGCUGUCAGCUAUGACUGGAGCAAGGGCUACACUGGUGCACCUGCAGAGCAAAAAAACGCAAUCAUGCUGUGCCCUGUUCAGGACUCGGACAUCAAGCCAAGGAAGAAGUAA